CGGCGGCCGCAGCUGAGGUUUGUGACGGAGUUGCUGUGUUGGUGUUUGCGGAUUCAGAGCAACUCAGAAACAAAGCGCAGCGUUUUGCCUUCUCUCUCUCUCUCUCUCUCCCCCCCCCUCCCUUCCUUCCUUCCUCUCGGGGUCUGUCUCACCCACUCCCUGCUUUGCUGUUCAAGGGAAGUGUGUUACUGGGGGGCACAUUCCUGUUGGGCUUGUGGUGCGUAUUUACUUCACCCAACUGAGGGCAUCAGCAGCAACAAUAACUUGUAUUUACAUCGUGCCCUUCACACCGGGGAGUGUCCGGGAGCCGCUGAAAGACCGGACAUCAUGGAUCAAUGCCAAGCAGAACCAGUUGCAGACAGCCCCUCCCUAUAUUCCAGUGCCUUUGCUCAGGUUAUUUUUGUCAACAUGGAGAAGUCUUACAUGAUGGACACGCCAGUCAAAUGCGACUACCUCCUGACCUCUCUGAUCAACCCCAACAACAGAGAUUGGAUCGGAAUUUUCAAGGUUGGCUGGAGCACUGCUCGUGAUUACCACACUUUCGUGUGGGCCCCUUUACCCAAGGGAGACCAGCGGCAACAGCAGGUGACGUUUGAAGCUUAUUACCUACCGAAAGAGGACAAUGACUUUUACCAAUUCUGCUACGUGACCCACAAGGGGGAGAUCCGUGGGGCGAGCACACCAAUAGGCUUCAGGCAGCCUGGCACCAUCACUGUAGACGUCUCAGACAAUCAGGAAAUGCUGGUCAUCACCACCCAGGAGCAAAUUGAAGAAGUCGAGAAGGAAAAAGCGGCACUGGAGCUUAACAACACAACACUGACAGAGGAAAACACUGUCCUGAAGGCAAAGAUCGAAGGAUUUGAAAAGCAAGUGGAACACGCAAAGGAAGCUUAUUCAUCAGCUUUAGAGAAGUCUAAGGACGACCUCAAAUCAAUGGAGAAACAGGUGUUGGAACAAAAGGAGAAGCAUGAGGUGGAAAACAAAAUAUUGUGUGAAAAGGCAGAUCAACUUGAGAAGCAGUUGACUCAGAAGAAGGAAGAAUACCUAACAGCACAGAAGGCAAACCAGGAGCUGCAGGAGAAAUUGGAGUCAGCACAAACCACCAUCGAGCAGUCUAAGCAGAUGUACGAGAAAGCUAUGGAUAAGCUGGAGCAAGUCAAGCAAGAAACCGAGGCACUCAAAGCAGAAAUUGCUGCAUACAAGACUGAACUGGGCAGUGUGACGAACAUGAAGAGCCAGGCAUUAAGUGAACUUGAAAUAGCUCAGUCUGAUCUGCACAUUCUGAGGAAAGAAAACCAGGAGUUGACCAAGCAUCUCCAGAAAGCGGUCAAAGUUGAGGAUCAGAUGGGGCGUUCCACAGAGGAGACCUGUAUGCCAGACACAGGGAAAUUUCCAGACCGUCGCAAAACCGAAUACGAGAAUCUGAGGAAGAAAUGCAAAAUCACUGAUAGUGACAAGGAGCAAUUGGAUAAUCUCUGCCAAAUCUUGAAAUUCACGGAGGAGGAGUUGCAGGUGGCCAAAUGCAGGGAGGCGCAAACAGCCGCUAACCUGCGUGCAUCAGAGGUUGUCAGAGAAUCGAGCGCUGCUGAGCUCUGUAUCGCUCGUCAAGACAUCCAACUCUGGAAAAACAACUUUGACAAGAUCCAGCAAAAUCUCUCCAAGAACGAGAUCAGAUUUACGGAAAUGGAAGAAGACCUUCAACAGAAGAACAGCAUCGUGGAGAUUCGCACAAUGGAAGUGUCUGAGUUAAGCCAAGAAAUUGAGAGGCUGACUAGCAAGAUUGAUGAGCUAAAAGCCAACUCAGCUCCUCGGGGAAGAAUCUUCCACUUGGAACAUCCCAAUCCCUAUGGUGUGCCUGUUCCAGUAACCCAGCCCUCACAAUCCGGGCUCCAUUAUGGCAACCCUUACACUGAGAGAGAUAUGCCGACCGGAUCCGCCAUUCCAGCUGAAGGCAUGGAGAGUGUCGCGGAGAAAGAGGAUCAAAAUUCCAGGAAAUGUCCGGUUUGUCAAAUUCUGUUCCCGAUCAACAUGGAGGAUCACAAGUUUGAGGAGCACGUGCAAACCCACUUCCACCUGGAGUGUCCCAUGUGUCACAAAAUCUUCAUUGACGCCCCGCAGCACGAGUUCAAUGAGCAUGUGGAGAAUCACUUUAAAGUCUGAAAGGGCGAACGGCAAACUGAGCUUUCAACCCUGUGUUUGCAAAGAUGGUAGAUUUUUUCUCUCUCUCUCCAUUUUUUUUUCUUUCCCCUUCUAACUUUCGCUUUGUGCAUCUGUAUAGCGCCUUUCACGUCAGGAGAACCCAUCCAGUGCCUUGGGAUGUCCUCCCGACAUGAAAGAACAGAUCGUACAGAUGUAAUUUGUUGUUGUUUGUACCUCGCUAGGUUAGUCAGGCGUACAGAUUUUUUUUUUUUUUUUUUGCGUUGCCAUCUGCCCUGCAAAAUACUUUUAAAAAGCUAACAGUUAUUUGUGAAUAAAAAAACAUCCACCCCCGGCUUGUUGUAGACACUUGCUGCUUCGUAAGAAGGGAAUGUGCUGUAUGUGAUGGACAGCGGCACAAGGCUGCUCACACAGACACACAACACCUGGCUUUCCUGCAGAGAAAGCUUCUUUAUACUUGGACAUGAUCUUGUGUUCCGCUUUUAAAGUUAGACGAACAACAUAGCCGUUUCUUUUCAUAGAUUCAUAAAAUUUUACAGCACAGAAGGAGGCCAUUCGGCCCAUCGUGCCUGUGCCCGCUCUUUGAAAGAGCCACCAACUAGUCCCACUCCCCCACUCUCACCCCAUAGCCUUGCACAUUUUUCUCUUUUUUAAGUACCUGCCCAAUUCCCCUUUGAAAGCUACUAUUGAAUCCUUUCAGGCAGUGCAUUCCUGGACAUAACAACUCUCUGGGUAAUAAAAACACACACCUUAGUCUUUGAAAAGUUUCCGAGUGCUUUUUGACUGCAAAAAUGGCCGAUUUUCGCCCUGUGUAACAAGGCUGUCCUGUGUGUGUGAUGUUCAUCAUUUUGACAGUGUUCUAACAUUCUGUCGUCCUCUGUUAAAACAACCUGCACCAGCCACAGAUUGAUCUUCACGGCCCCAGCUGACCUUUGAUGAGGUGCUUCUCACAGCACUCGACCAGAGCAAAAGUCUUUCAGCUCCUGUUUGCAGGACUUUGCUGCUCUGCAUUUAGCUGGAAACAUACAGUCACUCACUUAAUCCGUCAAAACACUUGCAAUGCUCCUUCCAAGCACUGAAUCAAAUGCAAGGAUAGUUAUCACGCAAACCAUUCUGUUCCCAUGCAGAUACAGUGCACACAAUCACUCACAUGUUAAUGGAUCAAAAUGAUUGCUGUUUGGAUUAAUUUCCAAUGGUGGUCUUCAUGAUUGUUUGCCUACAAAACACAGUCACUACACUUUACAGUGUAUCCCAUGAAGUGCUUUGAGAUGUGUUCUUAAUGUAAUAUAUAAUUAUAUCACAGAGAUAUUCCCAAGUAAAUUGCACAUAACCAGUUAAUGCAUUUAAAUUGAUUGGAUUCUUUCAGACUACUGCUCAUUGCUUAAAUGUAUUGGUUGUGAAUUGUGCGUGGCUGAACCUGCCCGACACGAUCAGGUCAUCUUAACUUUAUUUCUAAUCACUGAAGGCAGUUUACCAGAGAUAUUGGUUCAGAUAUUAGAACCAAUAAAUGGUUUCACCUGUUUCACCAAUAAAUAUUGUUUAAAUUGCAGCUGUGUACCUCAUAGAUUUGUAUGCUGUGACGUAUUACAAGGUGGAAUUAAACGCCUUCCAAAGCUGAA